AGUAGUGUAACAGUCACCAUGCUGGGCUCCUUGAUUCUGCUGUGGAUCGGGCUAUGGUUCCUCUUCUUCCUCUUCAGAACCCAGAGGCCAAAAAACUUCCCCCCUGGACCUCGCCCCAUCCCAGUUUUUGGGAACCUGCUGCAGCUGAACUUGGUCAAUCCCAUGAAUGACCUGGAGAAGCUGGCAGGGCGGUAUGGGAAGGUGUUCAGUCUGUACAUCGGGAGCAGGCCGGCCGUGGUGAUUAGCGGUAUGCAGGCCAUGAAGGAGGCGCUGGUCACUCGAUCGGUGGAAUUCGCAGGACGACCUCAGGACCUGAUGGUCAACCACGUAACAAAGAGCAAAGGUGUCAUACUGGCCAACUACGGGCCCGACUGGCGGGAGCACCGCCGGUUCACCCUGAUGACCCUGCGGAACUUUGGCCUGGGGAAGCAGACGAUGGAGGAGAGGAUUCUGGGAGAGAUUCGCCACAUCAGCUUGUGGUUAGAGAGGAGUGCUGGGAAAUCCAUGGAGCCUCAUCAUCUGUUUGCCAAUGCAACAUCUGACAUAAUCUGUUCCAUCCUAUUUGGGUCUCGGUAUGAGUACGAAGACGAAGCCUUUCAGUCUUUCAUCACCAUGAUGGAAGAAAAUGCGAAGAUUACCAACGGACCGUGGGCUAUGCUGUACGACACACUGCCUCUGCUGAGAAACCUGCCUCUACCGUUCAGGAAAGCGUUUCAGAACUACUACAGCGUUCAGGAGCACGUUUUGGGCAUUGUGAAGCAGCACAAGAGGACUCGAAUCCCAGGGCAACCGAGGGAUCUCACAGACUGCUACCUGGAUGAACUAGAAAAGCGCUAUACACUGGUGAGUCAUGUCAAGUGGAAGAUUCUCUCUCGAUUUCCCUGCCAGCGAUGUGAAAGUGGCUCCUCCUUUGAUGAAAGUCAGAUGGUUGCUCUUCUCCUUGAUCUCCUCUUUGCUGGAACGGAGACCACCUCCAACACGCUCCUCACUGCCUUCCUGUACCUCAUGACUCACCCAGAUGUUCAGGAGAGGUGUCAGAGGGAGAUUGACACGGUGCUCGGGGAGAAGGAACAGGCCUCUUACGAGGACAGACACAGGAUGCCCUACAUGCAGGCCGUGAUCCACGAGGUCCAGCGAGUCGCUGACACUGUUCCCCUUAGCGUGUUCCACGCCACCACCAAAGACACCCAGCUGAUGGGCUUCGACAUCCCCAAGGGCACCCUCAUCAUUCCCAACCUCUCCUCUGUUCUGAGUGAGGAGAGUCAGUGGAAGUUUCCCCAUGACUUCAACCCUGAGAACUUCCUAAACCAACAGGGGGAGUUUGUGAAGCCAGAGGGCUUCAUGCCUUUCUCCGUGGGGCCUCGAGUGUGUCUGGGAGAGGGUCUUGCUCGCAUGGAGCUUUUCCUGAUCUUGGUGACGCUUCUGCGCCGGUUCCAGUUUGUCUGGCCCGAGGAUGGUGGGGUACCUGACUACGCCCCUGUUUUCGGGGUCACUCAGGCACCCAAACCCUACAGACUGUGUGUCCGACUGAGGGGAACCCAGAGAGGUUGAGGGACCAGCAGGCACAAGACAAUGCAAUGUAUUA